CGAUGCCGGCCACCGUCCAUGUCGUCCGUGCCUCCAUGAAUGCUACUUUGCAGCUAUACCACCGCCAGCACCACUAAUGAUGCUUUACAACACCGACGCCAGUUGCAGAGUCCAAUCUCAUCGACCUGAACAGUUGAGCCGAACCAUUCCCCUCCACCGCACGCACCCAACCCAGACCUAGCGACCGCCAUGGCGCCGCCGCCGCCGCCGUCGCCGGCGCUCCCGGACGAGCUCGUCGAGGAGAUCCUCCUCCGCCUCCCGACCGACGACCCCGCCUGCCUCCUCCGGUCCUCCCUCGUCUCCAAGGCCUGGAGCGGCGCCGUCUCCCGCCCCGGCUUCCGCCGCCGCCUGCACGAGCUGCACGGGGCACCCCCGGUGCUCGGCCUCCUCCACGACCAGGACAGCGACCGCGCCCCCUGCUUCAUCCCCACCACGGCCUCGCCCUUCUCCCUCUCCGCCCCGGACGGCCGGUCCUGGCUGGCCCGCGACUGCCGCCACGGUCGCGCCCUCUUCUUCCCCAAGGGUCAGGACGCCGAGGAACUCCUGGUGUGGGAGACAAUCACGGGCGCCCAGCACCUCGUGCCUGUGCCCGCGGCGUUGGAGCGCGGCUACUUGACUGCGGCCGUGCUCUGCGCGGCGGAUGGGUGCGACCACCGCGACUGCCUCGGGGGCCCUUUCCGCGUGCUUUUCGUCUUCCCCGGCGGGCAUGGCACGUCGGCGUGCGUCUACUCGUCGGAGACCGGUGCCUGGGGCGAGCCGACCUUGACGCAGGGCGAGUUAAUGGGAUGCAUACAACAUUCCUGCAUUCUCGUCGGCAGCUCUCUGCUCUACUUCGUCUCCUACAACAUGGGGGAGAGUGGAACGAUCCUGGAGUAUGACUUGUCCACACACUCCCUGACUCUGUUCAGCGCACCAGACAAGCACUGUGGCCUGUAUAAUCUCGUGCUCACAGAGGACGGUGGGCUGGGUGUAAUCCAAGACUUGCAUCCACAUCUCAAAUUGUGGACAAAAGAGGCGAGUGGUGGCGCUGAGGCACGAUGGGUGCUGAGCCGAGUCAUUGACCUGCCCAAUUUGCUCCCAACUAGUGUCCGCUUGGAUGAAGGUUAUAGAGUGCUAGUGGUGGGCUUUGCCGAGGGAGCAAAUGUCAUUUUUGUUAGUACAAUGGCCGGACUCUUUGCAAUUGAGCUACAAUCUGAGCAGGUGAGGAAGGUGUGCGAUCAUCGUAGCUUCCUUAAUGUGGUUCCAGUUGUCACCUUCUACACUCCUGUGCCCCGAGGCAACCACCAAAAUCUGUUGCUGUCCAAGCCUGGUGAGGAGGCAGGUGGUGAGGAGGGUGGAGAGGAGGAGAAAACAGUAAAUCAGGCGCAACAACUGGCCGACCAUGGUUCGAAUGCUAUCAAGGACGGGAACUUUGUCAACACUUCCGAAAGCAUCCGCCACGACCACAAUAUCAGUUAAUGGAACUUUGACAAGGAUCAAGGCACCAAAAGUGGAUUGACACCUCGAAGAAGUGAAUGAUGUUCAAGACUUGGUAUGAAGAUACUGUCGCAACUAAGAUUCUAUGAUGCAAGGCUGCUGAGGGUGUGGAUUAAUCUCCUAGAACUUGAAAAUCUAUUUGUAUCUGGUACACCUGAUAGUUCAUGUACAAUGAUGUUUAACAUUGGAACGGCCCAGGAUCUGUUUUAUC